AUGGUGUUUUCAAUUUUGAAGAAGAAGUUACCACCGUUGAACGUUGGACACAGCAUUUCAUCUGAUCGCUCUCCAACAUCGACAGCGUCGGACUCUGAUCGAGGAAAUGCAUCGUAUGUUUCUUCUUCGAAGUCGUCGAUACACACGACCUCUCCACCUCUUGAUGAGAAAAUAAGUCCGGUACUGACUUUGAUGAAGUGUCAAUCCACGAGACCAUAUGUCGAAGGUGUUGUAAUGGUGAGCACGGAACGUCCAAGCUCCAUUGCGGGACAGGAUAACACCCAAUUCCAACAGGCGAAUGCGGCAAUAAGAGGUAAUUCUUUGCUGCUGAACACUCAGAGGAGUGUUAGUUUGGAUUUACUCGAGGCUGCGAUUAAAGUCACCCCCGGUGACCUCACAAUCACCUUAUCGACGUCUAACAAAAUUUCAUACCUUUUGAAGUUUGACAACUUGAACACGCUACAAGAGUGGUUGGCUGCUAUUCACUUGGCAAAUUUUGAAUAUACAAGAUUCAAUGAGAUUUAUACAGCGUCGUUGUUAUCUGCAAAGGCCACGUUGUUAUCCGAUGUUCAUGUGCUAAUGGCACCGUUGAACUAUCGCAGGGAGGAGUGGGUAAAUAUCAAGUUUAACAAAAACUCUCAGUGGCUCCGUUGUUUUGUCAUUAUAACACCGAGCUCUAAGAAGUCUAAGGGUAAGAUGACGUUCUAUUCCUCCUCAAGAACCGUAAAGAAGAACUUGAUAUGCUCGAUCACUCAUAUGGACGCAUGCCACGCUGUUUACCCACACGUUCCAGAAAUGAUUGACGAAUCUUCCCUGAUCAAGAUUUCUGGUGAUAUCAAGAUAUAUAACCUUGGACACCAACCAGACGAUUUUGAUAUUGAUACACCUACGGAAUUUACGCCACCACAUUCACCAGUACAGCUGAAAUCUGCAUCGAGGUUGAAAAGAGCUGCUUCACUUGCGUCAAUCGGUUCAUUCGCAUCUCAAAAACAGAACAAUGGUCAUGGUAGAGCCGAUUCUAUUGGUUCAACAGCAUCAGUGGCUUCAAACUCAUCUGACAUCAAGGGUGGGGUUGUUGUUCAUCAAUCUGCAAUGUACAUUAUGCCACUAAAGCACGGCGGUGUUAAACCGUAUGAGACUAUGAUUAGAAAUUUGAUUCCUAUCUAUGACUGUUUUAAGAUGUACGGCAGACCGAAGAGACUGAUAGCAGAUAAGAAGGAUUCUAAUUCGUUGUUGUUUGGAUUACCAUGCUUGCCAAAGGUGAAUAUAUUGAGUUCAAAAGUUGCCACCAACUUGAUUAGAGACAAUUGGCAACUGAUCUGUUCCAACGACAACGUUGAUUAUUACCAGAUGUUCAUCGUUCAACUGCAAUCCCUUUACAGAGGAGAUUCCAAUUACCAAGGACAUGGAAGUAUAAAGAAAUCACUUACAAGGGAUUCUAUGUUUGAGCAUCCAUUCCACAAGAGCAGUUCAUUCGGCACUCCGGAUUCGCAGUCGCCUCGUUAUUCUCUAUCAGUCAACGAUCUACCAGCUGGAAUGUCACAGGAUGCCAUUGACAGGAUUCAAAAAUCCACUGAUGACUUCGCAAACCAUGACUCUGUGACUCCAAGGGUUAGAUCCAACUCUUCGUUGUCCAACAACUCAAGAGUUGCAUCACAGCCAUGGAAAACAGACACAUACAAGAACCUGAGAUCAAUGGUUGAGGAAGUGAAAAUUGGAGGCGACGAAGAAUAUGAAUACGAAGAUGCUGGAUCCCAUAUUCGAUUCAGCCGUUGA